GCAUGUUAUCGCCUAAAUAAUUAGGGCACCCUCGUUCGGGCCAAUACAUAAGGACCGGGAGCGGAAGGGUUUCAGAGUCCUCUCUUCGUUCCGCCGAGAACAGAGAACAACAGUCGAAUACCUCUCGCUCUCUCUCUUGUUCCCUCCACUGCCAGAAAAUGGCCACCGAAGUCGUGAAUCCAAAGGCGUAUCCUUUGGCCGACGCUCAACUGACGAUAACAAUAUUGGAUCUCGUCCAGCAGGCGGCCAACUACAAGCAGCUCAAGAAGGGAGCUAAUGAAGCGACGAAGACUCUGAACAGGGGCAUCUCCGAGUUUGUUGUGAUGGCGGCGGAUACAGAGCCACUCGAAAUUCUUCUCCAUCUUCCCCUGCUUGCAGAGGAUAAGAAUGUGCCCUACGUGUUUGUACCUUCCAAACAGGCACUUGGCCGAGCUUGUGGAGUUACCAGGCCUGUGAUUGCUUGCUCGGUGACUAGCAAUGAAGGAAGCCAGUUGAAAUCCCAGAUACAACAACUCAAGGAUGCCAUCGAGAAGCUUCUCAUCUAAAUGUCAGAACCUUCGGCAUGAUAGGCCUCCUAAGAACUUAACCAUCUGGAGGCUUGGACUGAUUACAGUGUCAUGUUUCUAGAGAAGUGUUGUUUGGUUCCCGAUGUUUUGCAUAUCUUGGGUGUAAAAUAUCACCUUUAUUUUGAGAAAGAUGGGAUAGAACUACCGUAUUACUGGAACUCUUGUUAAUUGUAGUGGAUAGGAAUUUGGAGAGAAAUUUCUGCUAGCUGUAUCGUCCGGUACAGGGCUUCCCUAAAUAUUUGAUUAUAUAUUUUUCUAGUUUAUUGUCA